CUUAUAGUCUAAACCCAAAAAAUCAAGUGCUUCUUAGAGAGAAAUGGAUAACUUGAUUGUUUUCGUAGAUGAAGACGACAACCAACAACUGAAUGGAGAGAAGCCCCCACCGCGAGCGUGUGCAAGGUGUAGCUCCAACAACACCAAGUUCUGCUACUUCAACAACCAUCGCGUGUCCCAGCCACGCUACUUUUGCAAGAACUGUCAUAGAUAUUGGACUCAUGGUGGGGCUUUAAGGAACGUACCAAUUGGUGGAGGCUGCCGUAAAGCCAAGCAAGCUAGAAAAGAUAAGUCUCCUGUUUCUCGUAUGGUUUCUCCUGACAUCCAACAGAUUACCCCUGACAUCCAACAGGUUAAUCAUCAACCUUUCUCGUAUGUUCAAGAAAGCAAUGAGUUUGUUGGAUCUUUUGGUGCUUCUUCUUCUUCUGGUGCUGUUGCUACUGUUGGAAACCAUUUUGGUUCUUUGUCUGAUAUUCGUGGUAGUAUGGUACCAUAUGUGCCUCCUCCAUCUCAAAGUUUCCAACCAAAUCAUCGCCUGGAUUUCCAAGAUGGAUCAUUUGAACAUGAUUAUUACAAUGUUGGAUCCAGUACUAAUCCUUUCAUAAACCAAUCAAUUGGUGGUGGUUAUGUUGAUAAUUACAACGGUUAUGGCAUGGAGCAAUACAAGUGGAACCAGAGCUUCAACAACACUCUGACCAUGAAUCAUGACGCCAGCACUAGUGGAAGCAGAGAAUCUGGCAUGACCAUGAUGAACAACGACAACAAAAACAAAAUCAUAUACAACAGUGUGAUCAAGCAUCCUUUCUAGAGAAGCAUGGUCCUUAAUAUUCUUAACCGUAUUAACUGUUUUCUAUUUAUAAUAAAAUAAAAGUCAAUUGUUUCUCUUUUAUGUUUUCUAUUGUUUUUUUU